CCCAGGCAGGGUGGGCUGCCAGGGACAGCCAGGCAGAGGCGUCCUUCCAUCUUAUGAGGGCUCCACGCUGUAAAGAGAGCCCUCUGCCUGCUGUGCAAUGUGACAAUGGGCUGGUCACUGCCCUUUUGUGGGCCUCAGUUCCUCCAUGUACAGAAUGAGCACAUUGAGCCAGAGGAUAGCUGGGCUCUUUGACCUCUGAGGUGCUAAGAUCCUGAUGGAGCUUUCAGGGCCUGGGGCCCUGGAGGAGGAAGAUUUCCUGUGGGAGGCCCGGGUGCCAUCGUCCUCCUGUGGCUAGGUGGAACUGGGACUCAGAAUCAGGAAUCUAUUGUCUUCUUGAGGGGGACUGUAAAUUGCUCUGGUAUCAGGUCAAACGGUAGCUUCCACUUAACUUCCGAGUCCCAUUUUGUCCUGCUUGGUCCCGCCAGCCGCCAUGUCCUCCCUCUGCCUGAACGGGCACCUGCCAGGCUCUUGCCUACCUGAUGUCUAGUUCUGCCAGGUAGGAACUGCGAUCCCCUUCUUUGCAGAUGUGCAAACAGAAGCUCCAAGAGACCUACACAGCCGUGUAUUACGUCUUGGCCGAUGUGCUGAUGCUGUCGCUGUACUUCCAUUACAAGUUUAAGAAACGCCCCUCUCUGUGGUCUGCCCCCAUCAAUUCCGUGCUCUUGUUCCUCUUCGGGAUGGCAUGUACCGCCCCGCUGCUGAGCAGCGCUGGCUCGGUGGCGGCCCCAAGCGAGGUCUUCCGGGGGCGGACGCUCUUGUCUGUGGAGCCCGGCAAUAAGCCCUUCACGAAGCAGGAAAUCGUUGGCUUCGUCAUCGGCUCCGUGUCCAGCAUGCUGUACCUGCUGUCCCGGCUGCCUCAGAUCCGCACCAACUUCCUGCGAAAGUCGACCCAGGGGAUCUCCUACUCGCUGUUCGCCCUGGUGAUGCUGGGGAACACUCUGUAUGGGCUCAGCGUGCUGCUCAAAAACCCCGAGGUGGGCCAGAGCGAGGGCAGCUACGUGCUGCACCACCUGCCCUGGCUCGUGGGCAGCCUGGGUGUCCUGCUGCUUGACACCGUCAUCUCCAUACAGUUCCUGAUGUACAAGGACGCCACCACCUCAUCAGAGCGCCAGCCACUCCUGCCCAGCUGACCAGGACCCAGGCCAAGCCCGGGAUGACAGGGACCUCCCGAUGCCACACUCAGGAAGGGAGUAGUAUGGGCAGUGAUGGUGCCGCUGACCCUGGACUGGGCCGUGGAGGAAGCCGGGGGGCCUAGAAUUGGCCCAACCACCUCCCCCCGACACCUCCGAAACCUUGGCUCACCUACCUCAUUCUGCCGGCUCACCCCGCCCCACCCGCCCGGGGAGGGGCCCAGCUCAGCCUGUGCACCCAGGACUGUCGUGUCCACUGCAGAUGGCCUAGGAAACGGUACUCCCGAUGAGGCCUGUUCUGGUGCUCCUUCCCUGAGGUGCCGGGCUCCCGGCUGCUCUGGGGAACAGUGAUGGAUGGGGCUCGGGACCCCACCUACAGGGCCCAGGUGGGGGCCUCAGGGCUCAGAAUGUGGGAGAGCCAAGCCGGAGGGGACCGUGUCUGCUGGCCCUCCCCUGCCCGGCCUGCUGGGCCUCUGGUUUCUUCAGCCUGCUUCUCUGUGACAGGCUCCACACCUGGUGGUGGGGACACAGCAGCGAGAAAGACACUCCAACUGGGUCCCUGCUCCGCCGGCGCUCAGCAAGAGGCAGAAUAGUUAAGGUUCAGACCUUGGUUCUGCAUCUCAGCUUCUCUGUGCCGUGGUUACCUCAUCUGUGCAAUGGGAUGAUAGUAUUACCAUAUAUCCUUCUAAGGAUUAAAUAAAAUUGUGUGAUUACGGAGGUUAGCCCCAAAGUCUGGCGUGCAGUAAGAGCUCUUUGAAGGUUAGCUUUGAUCAUCUUGAGUUGGAGAAGAAGGACAACCAGAUCUCCUGGAAAUCAGGGAGACCUUCCUUGAGGAGGUGACACAGCAGAAGGACGAGCAGGAGAUAACCUGGGGAAAGUCGGAUUGUUGCAGGCGGAGACGGUGGAGAGGAGGGCAGGGCUUAGUCCCGAGCUCUAGUUCUCGUGACCCAACCUCAGUUUGUCUCCCAGGCCCCAUCCCGAGUCCGCUUUCUUCUUGGCCACAACCCCUGGGUGCUUGAGGACAGAGGGGCCAGCUCCCCUCUGUGGGCCGGCUCUCACCCCCCACCCCCCACCCCUCCCCAGGCCUCCCAAGUCCCGAGAGCCAUUGGGGUGGGUGGUGUCAGGUGCGGCUAAGGC